AUGUAUCUCAUUCCAGAGGUGCUCGACAUCAUUGCCACCCAUCUCUCGACAUCCUCCUUCUACUGUUGUCAAGUCUGCCGAUUCUGGAACUCUGUUUUUACGCGUCACUUUUGGCACUCUGUCAACGACUAUGAGGCUCCUUGGGGGAGAGUCAUGCUACCCAUCGAGCUCGAGGAGCGACCCCAGUUGUUGAUCAAGACGAACGGUAGUUUUAUCCACGAGCUGGCUCUGUCCGAGCUGUGGAUGCUGGAGGCGGUGUUGGAUGGACGACUGGUCUCGAACUUGACGAAGGUCUCAAAGAAAUUCUUUACAGAGAUGGAUAGGCCCUGUGCUGGUUUGUACAGCGAUAAAGAGGGUGAUGACUAUGAAGAAUACUCCUCCCACAAAGCCCGGGAGCGCUUGGUCCAGAUCUGGGAAUUGAUUGCCAACAACCACAACCUGGAGAGCUUCGUCUUUAUGGGAGCCUAUGCUGCAUCGUACAUCCCCCAGAACCUGACCACUAUAGCGCCCCACAUUACCUCGUUCGUCUAUUCUGAGGGGUUUGAAGGAGAGUACGACGAUAUCUACGGCAGGUUUUUGAAGGGCUUGAAGGACUCGACGACAACACCUUGCACGACUCUCUAG